AUGGGUUCGAGAGUUGAUUACGAGAAAAGACUCGCUCAGGAGAUCAGUGACAUUGAAAAGGAUUCCGGCUUUAAAUUGAGAGUUUUAGCACAAAAUUACCCUGACACGCCAGGCAAUAUAUUAAAUAUCAAUGUUGGGGCUACUGUUGACUUAGACAUUCCCCGAAGCUUUUGGAGCCGUUUGGCAGGGAAAUAUGGAAAUAUGUUUUACUGGAAAGAGAAGGGGGAAGAAGCGUCUAUUGAAGCUGCUGUCAUGGCAAUAUCCAAUUGCUUAAGAGAACCUGUGGGAUCAAGUAAUUGCUCCGAGGGGGACAAGGGAGUGUUAAAGCUCCCAUUUGUUGGAAUCCAUAUUCCUCUUUAGCUUGCUCUAAUAACAUCAAAAACUCUGGAUUCCUCAGAUAGCUCAGCUCCAAGAUAAACCUCUUUGAUUUCCCACCAUUGACUG